AUGGCGAUAUUUACUCUACUUUCUCCUCUUCGGCCACUCACAACGUGUAAAUCAAUACAGACCCGGGUCUUAUCUCAAAGAUUCCAUCUUUCUGUGACAAAUUGCAGAGAACCCCCCAAACAAAUUACUUAUGGUGUCUCAUUUGACCCAAAACUCACAGCCACUCUUCUGGGCACAGCUAGUUUGGCUUUAACCACAACCCUUUUGGGAUCAUCCUGUGCUGCUGCGGAAUUGCCAUCAGUAAUUGCCUCUUCGUUGCAGUUCAAUGAGCCGGCCAAUGCACUCUCCUUGCCCACCUGGGCAGUCCAUGUGUCCAGUGUUGUAGAAUGGAUAACUGCGAUGGUUUUGGUUUGGCAAUACGGGGAGAAGACUGGAAAUGAGUCUUGGAAGGGCCUCUCUUGGGGUAUGGGAACUCAGUCUGUCACUCUGUCCGAGUCUGUGGUUAGAUUUGUUGGGUGGAAGGCAAUCUUCAGGGGGCUCAGAGCCUGUGUAAUGGUUGUAAGUUAG